AAGGCUGUACCAAACUGUGUCGUAUUAUUGUUGCGGGAGAGAAUCAAAUCAAAGCCAGCGUGACAAGAAUUGACAAACUCCGUCGUUGAUCGGCACCGUCUCUUAAUCUUCGUCUCGUUCUAAUGACGUCGCCGAGACCACCGUCAGGGAGACAAAGGCCGCUGCGUUACUAUUCAGAUUCAGAGAGGAUUGAAGGAGGUAGCGGUAGUUGGGACACCCUCGAAUGGAACAAACUCGAUUCGCAGCAGACAGCUUCAGGUUCAAGUUCAACAUCUUUCGCGAAUUUGAGUUGCUUGCUCGAAUCCGAACGGGUCAUCGUUGAGGGUUAUGGAGUUGUACUUAUAAACACCGAUGAGGCAGGGACCUUGUUGGUGACAAACUUCCGUAUUCUGUUUUUGAGUGAAGGUACUAGGAAGGUCAUACCACUUGGAACUAUCCCAUUGGCCACUAUUGAGAAGUUUAACAAAAUGGUGCUGAAAGUUCAAUCAAACAACCGCCAGUCCGACAAGAAUCCACCAAGACGUCUUUUACAGGUCACUGGCAAAGACAUGAGGAUCAUUGUUUAUGGCUUUCGUCCCAAAACCAAACAGAGGCGUUCUGUGUUUGAUGCAUUACUGAGGUGUACCAAGCCGGAGAGAGUAUGGGAUCUUUAUACUUUUGCAUGUGGGCUUUCCAAGUUUGGUAACGCAAAUCCAAAGGAAAGACUGCUUAAUGAAUAUUUCCGUCUUCUUGGAAAAAGUUCGUUACGAGCAUCGAUGGAUAUGAUUGAAGACGGAUCGUUCACACUGGAAAAUGAGCUGUGGCGGAUAAGUGACCUGAACUCCAAUUAUAACCUGUGUCAGACUUACCCGUUCGCUUUUAUGGUUCCAAAAUCUAUAAGCGAUGAAGAGCUGCUCCAGGCGUGUUCUUUCCGGGCAAAAUGUCGGCUACCUGUGAUCACUUGGUGUCAGCCAGGAAGUGGAGCUGUAAUUGCACGUUCAUCACAACCUUUAGUGGGUCUUAUGAUGAAUAUGAGGAGUAAUUUUGAUGAAAAACUUGUUGCUGCAUUCUGCACUCAGCUUGGUGCUAAUAAGGGAGAACGAAGGAAGCUCUAUAUUGCGGAUGCGAGACCUAGGAAAAAUGCAUUAGCAAAUGGAGCAAUGGGAGGCGGCUCAGAAUCAUCUUCAAAUUAUUUUCAAUCUCCAAUUGUUUUCUUUGGCAUAGACAACAUACAUGCUAUGAGGGAGAGCUAUUCCCGACUUAGAGAUUAUUUAGACAUGCACGGUGCAACAUCAUCUGAUGGGAGAUCAUCGUUUUUGAGACAUACUGGUUGGACUUGGGGAGGAGGUAACCUCAGUAGUAUGUCUGCUUCCGUGUCUUUACUUGGAGACAGUGGUUGGUUGAUACACAUCCAGAACGUCUUAGCUGGUGCCGCAUGGAUUGCUGCACGUGUUGCAGUGGAGUCGGCAUCGGUUCUUGUGCACUGCAGUGAUGGGUGGGACAGAACAACUCAGCUCGUUUCUCUUGCAUGCUUAAUGCUUGAUCCAUACUACAGAACAUUUGCUGGGUUUCAGGCUCUUGUCGAAAAAGAUUGGCUAGCUUUUGGUCACCCGUUUUCAGAUCGUGUAGGAAUGCCUAACAUAUCAGGAUCUGGUAACUUUGACUUGCCAAGGCAGUCUUCGUCCGCUGGAAGCUACCCUUCAUCUCCAGUGCGUCAGUCCACACAGUCAGCAGCCUCACAAUCUGCAAGCUCUUCCCAUGCACAAAACAAUUAUUCUCCUAUAUUUACACAGUGGGUUGAUAGCGUUUCACAGCUAAUGCGGAUGUAUCCUUGUGCUUUUGAGUUUUCUCCGACUUUUCUUGUAGAUUUUAUGGAUUGCUUGCUUUCAUGUCGUUUUGGGAACUUCCUAUGCAACAGUGAAAAAGAGAGGCAGCAAUGUGGGAUUACUGAAGCGUGUGGAUGCAUAUGGGCGUACUUGACUGAUCUUCGUUCAGUUGCUACAACUUCUCAUGUCCAUUGUAACCCAUUCUACGACCCUUUGAAAUACGAUGGCCCGUUAUUACCCCCCGCAGCAUCUCUAGCUCCAACACUUUGGCCCCAGUUCCAUCUCCGGUGGGCAUGUCCCGAGGAAGCUAAAGCUGCAGAUAUCGAGGUCCAAUGUAGAGCCAUGAGGGUGAAGUAUUCCGAGAUGCAGAAGGAUAAAGAAGCAACUGAAAGAAGAGUGGAUGAGAUCUCUUUUGCAAUGGAGUCACUAAGUGCAGAGUUGCUAAGAGAGAGACGUAUGAGUUGGUCCGCUAGAGAAUCAGCAAAACGAGCCACUAAGGAAUACAGAGCUUUAACCAGAGCAGUACAGUCACUCGGCUGCAAGAUUAACUUCACCACAUCUGAUAUCGAAGACGACCCUCUGGAGACUAAUAAUAAUAAUAAUAACAAUAAUAAUACUCCUCGGAGGCGAGACAGACAGGGAAACAACUCAGAUGUCUCUGUAUCAAUCUCCCUAAUGUCUGAAGAAAACAGAGCUGAGAACCAGGUGGGAAGAGUCUGUGAAGCGUUGUGUCCACUGCGGACAAGGGAAGGAGUGUGUAGAUGGCCUGAAGCAGGAUGUGCUCAUCUCGGAAGUCAGUUUGUCGGGUUAAAAACUAACUUUGAUGCGUUUGAUCGGCUUUCCAUCCAAGAAAGCUAUUUCAAAUCUGAAUGAAGGGUUCAAGAAGCUGUAACUUUUAACAGAAUAAAAGGCAAAGAAGCAUCAUCAUCAACCGUCAAAAGAUGAAGGCGGGAGCAUAACCGUAUGAACUGACACACAGAGUUUUUGGAACAAGGGGAGUGCCUCUGAUCUUUUACUCUUGAGUAUAGCUAAAAGGAGGAGAAUGUAUACAUCUCUCAGGUGUUUAUUGUUUUAUUUUACUUAACCACUAUUUGCUUUAGAUCUAUGAUUCUUUUUGGUUAAAAUUAAUAAGGUUGAGAAAGUGAUGUACAUACAGUUUAAUAUAAACGAUUAUUCUUAGCAAAAAUAAAAUAAAAUAAACGAUUUAUUCCUC